CAUAACGCAAACUUCCGUCACUAAUCUUCUACUUUAUUUGACAAAACAUAUUUCACAAAUUGUGUUAAUUUUUCUCAAAAUUUCAUGGUUUUUCCAUUAAAAUAAAACGUAUUUAUUGCCAGAAUCAUGGCUUUGAGUCGUAUGUUUCAGAUGAACGAGUUAUGCACCCCUCGAAACUCACUUUUUAUAAGAAAAUCGCCUCCAAAAUCCGUACGCAAUUUUCGUCAACGCAACAAUGACCCUGCCAAGUCCAACGUAAGCAGCAUUGAAACUCCGUUCCAAGACGUCACUUUAGGAGGUUCAAAUUUACACCCCCGCAAUUUGUGGAAACCGUUUGGAUUUACAAUUGGGUUUAGUGCUGCUUGCUUUGUAGGCGCAGCCAUUUGGGAGUAUGAGACCAUGAGAGCACAUGCAAUAAAAAUGCUGAAAAAACCAGUAAGACUAUUUAAACGUCAAGCAGAUGAUUUCCAUUCGAGAUCUAACACAUUAUUGAGACAAUUUGAAGAAAAGUGGAAGCUUUUGACGCCUGGUGAAAAAGUUUUUGUACCAAUUUGCCUUAUAAAUGUGCUUGUUUUCGGGGCGUGGAGGAUACCGAGAUUGCAACCCUUUAUGUUGAAAUAUUUUUGUUCAAAUCCUGGAAGCAAAAGUGUGUGUUUGCCUAUGAUUUUAUCAACUUUUAGUCAUUAUUCAGGGUUCCAUCUCUUGGCCAAUAUGUAUGUACUUCAUAGUUUCAGUACAGGUGCAGUACACAGUCUAGGUAAAGAACAGUUCCUAGGGCUGUAUUUAGGUGCAGGGGUUAUUUCAAGUUUUACCAGUUAUGUCUAUAAAGUGAUUACCAAACAGCCCGGCUUAUCACUAGGAGCUUCUGGGGCUAUUAUGGCAAUUUUGGGCUAUGUUUGUACCCAAUAUCCUGAAACCAAAUUAGGAAUUAUUCUACUGCCAAUUUUCACAUUUAGUGCAGGCGCUGCAAUUAAAGUAAUCGUGGGGAUAGACACAGCUGGAGUUUUGAUGGGAUGGAAAUUUUUCGAUCACGCUGCACAUUUAGGAGGAGCAGCUUGUGGAAUAAUGUGGGCUUUAUGGGGCAACCAAUAUUUGUGGGCUAAAAGGGAACCUAUUCUCCACUACUGGCAUGAAUUUAGAGGUUCUAUAAAAUAAUUAUUUCCAGUAUUAUUAAACUUUGUAAUGUAUAUAAUUAUUUAUUAAAAUAUUGACAGCAUUUUUAUUUGCAACAUGA